CGGAAAAAGCGGUCCAUCCCUAACCCGAGCUUCGGGAAAGAUUCCACCUUCCUGAAAAGAAAUUCCAGGCUUUCUCAGAGGACUUGAACCAGCCACGCUAAAUUCUGCAGCAAGUAGGUUCCUUUCUCUGUUUCAACUUCACGUUGGGAAAAUGACUUUCUCUCCAGCAUCUCAAGUUCCCCUCAAUUUGGGCAAGUGAAGAGACGUCAAUCUGAUUAUCCAGUAGGACGGACAGAAGGCGGCAGCCCGCACUUCCCACUAUAAACUUUGAUUCCACGCGAGUUGCUGUGUGUAUAACUUACUUGCUAAGAGCCACGCUGGGGAGCUGCUCAACAGACCAGCCCACACGCAGGUCCUGAGCCGGCGAGUCAGCUCCACGCCUCCCUCCUUCCGGCGGGAGAUGAAGUCCAGCAAGCCCAGCAACCCCGCGGCCGCCGCGCGCGCCGCGCCCCCGUGUGCGGGCGGUGCCGAGUGCGCGGGCACGUGCGCCGGGGCCGGGCGGCUGGAGAGCGCGGCGCGCAGGCGCCUGGCGGCUAACGCGCGCGAGCGCCGCCGCAUGCAGGGUCUCAACACCGCCUUCGACCGCCUGCGCAGGGUGGUGCCUCAGUGGGGCCAGGAUAAAAAGCUGUCCAAGUAUGAGACCCUGCAGAUGGCGCUGAGCUACAUCAUGGCCCUGACCCGCAUCCUGGCCGAGGCUGAGCGAUUUGGCUCGGAGCGGGACUGGGUCAAUCUCCACUGUGAGCACUUCGGCCGCGACCACUACCUCCCGUUUGCCGGCGCGAAGCUGCCGGGCGAGAGCGAGCCCUACGGCCAGAGGCUCUUCGGCUUCCAGCCCGAGCCCUUCCAGAUGGCCAGUUAGGGCGCGCGGCCCCGCCGGGGUGAUGCCCAGUGAUGGAGCUCCGGAGCUGCAACCUUUCCCCCAGUAGCUGCAGGGGCUUUCGGUGGCCUAGGAUGCAUUCUUAGAAUAAAAUUAGCAGACUUCCAGGUUACUUUUAUUCGCAUCGCUAGUUCUAUGGACACAAUGAUUUUAUUGCCUUUUCUUUUCCCCUUAUCAGUAUUUUGUAGAUUUCAUUGAUGGAUCUUGUGAAUGAUUUUGAUUGCUAUGAAAAUAAUGCCCCCCUUUCCCUUUUCUGGAUUACUUUGAGGGAAAACAAUCUUAAGAAAAAAAUAGAAUUAGGCUAUAUUGCAGUUUUAGUCCUCAGAGAAAUAAUCACUUCCUUAAACUUCGUAAGUUUGUCCUAUUCAGGUGAAGUUACAGUAUCCACUACUUGUAUAUGCUUAAAACAGCUACCUUCCUGUGGUAUAAAUGCAUUUAUGCUUAGUGCAUCGUGUGUGCAUGCGUGAAAUAGACUUUUUUUUCCCGUAGAGUUCAUGGGCACGAAUGCUCUGUAUUUUUAAAAUCUAUACAUUAUUAAAAUAGAGAUUUUAUAAAAAAUAAAUAAAAACGUGGGUUUGUUUUUCAUGCCAGAUGCCCAGCUAGUUUCUUGAUGGCACUAACGGCCUAUUUGGGGGUGAUGAUAUUGAGUGCUUCCCUGAGCAAAGAUGUGGAAUGUUUAGAUCUAAUCACACUAAUGGCAAAUAUGUUGUUUUGUAAUACUUCCUCAAAAAAGACCAGGUGAUGAGAGUACAAGUAAUGAAUUGGAAAGUUUUCUCUGUCAACUUGGAAAUACAGAUGUAUUUUUUA